UGCUGAUCGUGGAUCGCUUCAGUCAGACAUAAUAAUUUGCGCAAAUGUCGACACCAGCCAACUUGCAGUUUGACGAUCAAGUGUUUGACUUUGCUUUUCAUCCGAACGAGGAUGUCAUUGCCGCCGGCCUUAUAACUGGCGACAUUCAUUGCUAUCGUUACGGCUUAGAAGAAAACGUAAAGCUUUGGUCCGAACGACCGGGUAAAAAGUCAAUUAGAGGGCUAGAAUACAACGCUGACGGAUCAGUAUUGUAUAGCAUAUCCAAGGACAAGUCUAUCACGGCUAUAGACGCAGCUGUAGGAACCACGAAAUUGAAACUUUCUGCUGCUCAUGAAAAUCCAUUGAAUUCGCUCCUUAUUCUCAAUAACAAUGUACUUGCGACCGGUGACGAUCAGGGUAUCAUCAAGCUAUGGGAUAAUCGAUCUCAAAAGUGUGUCAUGACAUAUGAGGAGCAUGAUGAUUUCAUUGCGGAUAUGACCUAUAAUAGCGACAAGAAAACGCUUAUUGCAGUAGGUGGUGACGGCUUCCUUUCUACAUGGGAUAUUCGGAAACCAGACGUUGUGGCCAUGUCGGAUUGUAUGGAUGAUGAGCUGUUAUCAGUGCAGUUGGUCAAGAAUGGAAAGAAAGCUAUUGUUGGAUCACAAGAUGGAGUUCUCAGUUUAUGGACCUGGGGUGAUUGGGGUGACUACACUGAUCGAAUUCUGGGCCAUCCUAAUUCAAUUGACACCAUCUGUAAACUUGACGAAGACACUAUUUGCACCGGUAGCAGUGAUGGUCUUAUACGAAUCGUCUCCAUUCUGCCCAACAAAUUUGAAGGCGUCAUUGGUGAUCAUGGAGAGGAAUUCCCAAUUGAACGUAUUCGACUAGCUGACAACAAGAAAUAUAUGGGUAGCUGCGCACACGAUAAUAGCAUUCACUUCUGGGACGUAGCUCAUCUUUUUGAAGAAGGAGGUGACGAUGAUGAAGAAGAGGAAGAAGUGACUGAAGACAAAGAUGAAGUGAACCUCUCUACAAAUGUUUCAGAAGAUACUGUCACCAAACCAGCAGAGGCUGAUUCCUCUGAGGAAGAAGAGGAAGAAGAUUCGGAUAGUAAUGUCGACAACAGUGACAACGAUGACAGUGAUAAUGAGAAAUCACGCCAACAGAAAAGAAAGAGAGGAAAGCAAAUAGAAGGUCGUAAUGCCAAAGCGUCACGCCAACAGGCAGCUUCGGCUUUCUUUGGAGAUUUAUAGAGCAUUUGUACAUCCUUAAUCACACCUUUUCAUUAUAUUUCCAAUUGAUUUGUUAGUCUAUCAUUUUUCAAGUUUAUUUUGAAUGCUCUGUUGUAGCUAAGCCUUUGCAGAAC